AUGACCUGUGACAUCACUAUGACCUGUGACCUCACUAUGACCUGUGACAUCACUAUGACCUGUGACCUCACUAUGACCUGUGACAUCACUAUGACCUGUGACCUCACUAUGACCUGUGACAUCACUAUGACCUGUGACCUCACUAUGACUUGUGACCUCACUAUGACCUGUGACCUCACUAUGACCUGUGACAUCACUAUGACCUGUGACCUCACUAUGACCUGUGACAUCACUAUGACCUGUGACAUCACUAGGAGGAGGAGAUGA